GCAGCCCGAAUAUGUCCCUGGGUGUGGGUAUGGGUGUGGGGCAAUUUGGGUGGGAGCAGCGUGGAGGCUCCCAGGACCAAGUCCUGCGCCUCUUUGGCGGGGUGUGUGCAGGAGGAGCGGGGAUAAAUAGGAGGCUCCCUCCUCCCGGCGACAUUCACAGAGCCGGCCGGCCUCCCGCCCUGGGUGUUUCCCUGCCUUGUAGCCAGGGUGCCAGCCUGGGAAGUAGUUUCGUUUCCUUCUGGCUCCGGGAUUAGUUUCCAGGCACCCUCUCAGGCGCCCGAGGCCCGGGAAGGGGGCGAAGAAGGAGGGAGACUUGUCUAGGGGCUGCCCGGCCCGGCAGAGCGGGGUUGAUGGACCGGGCCGCCCGGGGCAGCGGCGCCAGCUCCCUGCCACUGCUCCUGGCCCUUGCCCUGGGUCUAGUGAUCCUUCACUGUGUGGUGGCAGAUGGGAAUUCCACCAGAAGUCCUGAAACUAAUGGCCUCCUCUGUGGAGACCCUGAGGAAAACUGUGCAGCUACCACCACACAAUCAAAGCGGAAAGGCCACUUCUCUAGGUGCCCCAAGCAAUACAAGCAUUACUGCAUCAAAGGGAGAUGCCGCUUCGUGGUGGCCGAGCAGACGCCCUCCUGUGUCUGUGAUGAAGGCUACAUUGGAGCAAGGUGUGAGAGAGUUGACUUGUUUUACCUAAGAGGAGACAGAGGACAGAUUCUGGUGAUUUGUUUGAUAGCAGUUAUGGUAGUUUUUAUUAUUUUGGUCAUCGGUGUCUGCACAUGCUGUCACCCUCUUCGGAAACGUCGUAAAAGAAAGAAGAAAGAAGAGGAAAUGGAAACUCUGGGUAAAGAUAUAACUCCUAUCAAUGAAGCUAUUGAAGAGACAAAUAUUGCUUAAAAGCUAUGAAGUUACCUCCAGGUUGGUGGCAAGCUACAAAGUGCCUUGCUCAUUUGAAAAUGGACAGAAUGUGUCUCAGGAAAACAGCUAGUAGACAUGAAUUUUAAAUAAUGUAUUUACUUUUUAUUUGCAACUUUAGUUUUUGUUUAUUAUUUUUUAAUAAGAACGUUAAUUAUAUGUAUAUUGUCUAGUAAUUGGGAAAAAAGCAACUGGUUAGGUAGCAACAACAGAAGGGAAAUUUCAAUAAACUUUCACUUAAGUGUUGUCACCAGGAUUACUAGUCAAACAAAAAGGAAAAGUAGAAAGGAGGUUAGGUCUUAGGAAUUGAAUUAAUAAUAAAGCUACCAUUUAUCAAGCAUUUACCAUGUGCUAAUAAGUUUGAAAUAUAUUAUUUCCUUUAUACCUUUCAGCAAUCCAUGAGAUAGCUAUUAUAAUCCUUAUUUCCUACAUAUGGAAACAGGGCCAAAGAAGUCAAGUCAAAUAAUCUAAUCCAGAUUUAGAGAGUUGGAGAUUGGUAGAGACAGACUAGAAAUCAAGAUUUAUCUAAAUCAAAAUCUAUGCUCUUAACCAUCAUUUUUGUUAAUCUGAAUCGGUGCAACCUAACUCAGUAAUAUAACCUGAGGUUUUAUACUGAACUGUGUUUUGGUAUGACUGUGAGAUGUCAAGACCGUCUUCCCACAGGCACACAGAAUGAGAAAUCCUGGCCUAUAUUGCUGUUACCAUCAUGCUUUCUGUAGAAUUGACUUUUAUUAUGUUUCUUUGCUCCUUUAUAAAUUCUCAAUGAUGUGACUACAUUUUUACAUUAUUAAAGCAAAUAGAUUGGCCCCAUAACUAGGGAAAUGAAUAGAGAUGGAAAAGUAAAUGCUUGGCAUUCCUUAAGCCCUGGGUAAGUGUUUAUGCUCAAUAAAAUAUAAAUAAUAUUACUGAAAGAGGCUGUUUAUACGGGAGUAAUGGUCAGUGACAACACUGGAGAGACCAGGUAGAGACCAGCUGUGACCAUAUCCUCAUUUAUGUUCUUGAUGACAGCAUAUAUGAUUGCUCUCAGGUAAAUUUUGAUGCAGUAAAUUCAUGACCAUAACGUCUAUUACUUGGGACCAUCUUGCCAAGUGCUCCUUUACUCCAUGAAAUAUUUAAUAAACACUGCUUUAAACCUGGAAAAGUACAAUCUACAUUUAGUGAAUAUUUCACAGAACAUUUAACUCUUUACAUUGAUUACGUGGUUCACUUACAAAAAUCGAUGGAAGAUGCCCCCCAAAUUGUGCCUGUCAGCCAAGCAGCUUCUUUUUUAGAAUCUUUGCAAAUUUUACUUUGCAAUGUAGAUUCCAUAGCGAAGUGGAGAAUUCAGACAAAUGCUGAAAUCGCAUAUUACCUUCUAGCAUCCACGGUGUUUUGAGUGAAGCUGGGGCUGUACUUACAUAUGAUACAGAAAUAGCUCCCCUGUCAGUAAAAGCUAAGCCAAACAACUGAUAAUUUUCAAAAUCUAUUUUUUCUCCUGAUUUAAUGGUCAUACUUGAAACACAAUUAUAUCCAACUGAUCCAUGUUGUAUAUGCCUUAUUUUCAAAAGUCUCAUUUAAGCUUAUUCAUGCCCUUUCUCUUAUGUAGUCUUCUUCGAUACGAAAGGAGCUUGGAAUAAAUAUCCAUUAGAGCUUUUAAAAACACAAAACAAUGCUUUAAUGUUUCUUUUUUCCUGGACUGAGUUUGUCUGACCAACAAAAUCUCUCAAGCCAUUUUGUUUUGAUCCUAAAAUAUCAAUGGUGGCUCUCGAAAUUUGGUAGAUCUGAUAUCAAGAAAGAAUUUCAAAGAUUUUUAUAUCUUUUCAAAAUGUAUUUUAUAGUUGCGUUGCAUACACUAAAUAACUUUGUUUAUGUAAACUGUCAAUAUUAUCAUGUAAUAAAAUAAAUUUAUUUUUAAAACAAA